AUGAAAGAAAGAAACCCUCCACUUAAGAUUAAAGACGACUCAGAACGUCGAGAUCUAUUCGUCUUUGUGCGUUAUACCAUGUGCAUAGCAGCCAUGUAUCCAUUUGGGUAUUCCCUCAAGGGAUCGAGCUUCCUGGGGCUCCUGGUGCGAGUACUGGAUUGGUUCUACGAGAUCUUCAACUACUUUGUGUCCGUGCAUAUUCUUGGCUUGUACAUCUGCACCAUUUACAUCAACUAUGGCCAGGGGGACUUGGACUUCUUCGUCAACUGCAUGAUACAAACAAUCAUCUAUCUGUGGACCAUCGCCAUGAAGCUGUACUUCAGACGGUUCCGGCCAAAGAUGCUCGAUGAAAUUAUGUCAAUAAUCAAUGAGAACUAUCACACGCGUUCUGCCCUGGGUUUCAGCUAUGUGACCAUGUCGGGGGCCCAUCACGUGUCUAAAUUGUGGAUUAAAACGUAUGUUUAUUGCUGUUAUAUUGGAACCAUAUUCUGGCUCGUGCUACCCAUUGCCUAUAGGGACAAGAGUCUGCCUCUGGCCUGUUGGUAUCCAUUUGAUUAUACGCAACCUAUUGUAUAUGAAACAGUCUUCUUUCUACAGGCCAUUGGCCAGAUCCAAGUGGCAGCUUCUUUCGCGUCUUCUAGUGGUCUUCAUAUGGUGUUCUGUGUGCUUUUAUCGGGGCAAUAUGACGUUCUUUUCUGCAGCCUGAAGAAUGUCUUGGUCACCAGUUAUAUACAUAUGGGCGGGAAUAUGGCAGAACUGAGACAACUCCAAUCUGAACAGUCUAUUGCCGAUGCUGAACCCAAUCAGUAUGCCUAUUCCCAUGAAGAACAGACCCCUUUAGAGCAGCUACUCCAGCAUCCACGGCAAGAUGAAUCCUCUAGAGAUUUCCUCAAAGCCUUCAAGCGAUCCUUCAGGCACUGCAUUGACCACCAUCGCUAUAUAGUAGACGUACUCAAGAAAAUGGAGCGCUUCUACAGUCCCAUUUGGUUUCUCAAGAUUGGAGAGGUCACCUUCCUCAUGUGCCUUGUGGCUUUCGUCUCAACCAAAAGCACUACGGCCAACUCGUUUAUGCGGAUGGUAUCCCUCGGGCAGUACUUGCUACUGGUGCUCUACGAGCUCUUCAUAAUCUGCUACUUUGCGGAUGUGGUCUACCAGAACAGCCAAAGGUGUGGCGAGGCCCUAUGGAGGAGUCCCUGGCAGAGACACCUUCGAGAAAUACGCAGCGAUUAUAUGUUCUUCAUGCUGAAUGCCCGGAAACAGUUCCAGUUAACGGCGGGAAAGAUCACCAACCUGAAUGUGGAUCGCUUUAGAGGGACCAUCACCACAGCCUUCUCAUUUCUCACGCUCCUCCAAAAGAUGGAUGCUCGGGGCUAG